AUGUCAUCGCCGGGGCUGAGUGAAAGCAGCGAAGAGGACAGAUCAGAAAACGCUUUUAACACAGCGCACCCUUCAAAUAUCACCUUUAAACGGAAGUUUGAUGUUAAACGACUUUUUCGAGGUCCAGACGACGAGAGUUAUUUCAAAACAGUUUCCCGUCUCAGACAGGUAGGCGCGCUGAUUCAAGGAGUGACCCACCUGAGCACAAGCCCUCGCGUGCGACGCUCGUGCCUGUCAAGUUGUCUGCCGAUUCGCACGAAAGUUGUCCCUUCGUCUGAGGACCGGGGGGUGCAGCAGGAAGACAAGUCCGCGAACGAUAGAACAGCGAUCGAAAAACGCGCAGUUGAAAGGUCGGCGUUGGCCAAACAGCGCGCGAGGCGGCCACGCUCACGGGAGGAAAACACAAUCAUUGGGUUGGGACACAGACAGCCGCCACCGCCUCUUCCGCCACAGGGCCGUGACAACAUUCCAUCGAGCAUACCCGCCAUCACAUCGCGUGUCGCAAAUAGCCGGAGUUCAUCACCACCGCCCUCGCACGUUUCACCGAGCGAGGCAACUACAGCUACAGUGGCAGCGGCUGCUGGUGCUGCUGAGUUGGCUACAACAGCAUCUCUGCAACAACCAGGCUUGUGCUUAUCUCCAUCAGUCCCGCAACCACUAGCCUCACCUGGCUCGACCGAACCUGAUCGGAGGGAAGCACGUGCGUGGCUAGAAACAGAUGAAAGAAGACUGCGCUCGAUCAGCACAGGUGAGAAAGUUGGUGAACAAAAAUGCAUCCUGUCGAGGGAGAGUGGAAUGGAACAAGACAGCCAGCUGCAACAGCUGCAGCAGUUUCCUCCGCAGAUCGCGGAAACCGAUGGUGUGCAAAGUGUAGGUAAUGGGGGACCUUGCAGUCCUGCUGGCCAAGAUAAUCUCGACAUCACAGAAGUUGGUGAUGGACAGUGGGCCACUAACCAGGGAAUAUCGUAUCUGUUAGCAUCAAAUGCUGUGGAUAAUGUGGCUGAUGAUUCCAUUCAUGAAACCGUUGUUUACUCAGAGUACAGUCGUGACGCAGGUUUGGAAAGUUCAGAGUCCAGGAACUCUGGUAGGACUAUACCCUUGAGAUCUGCUAGCCAUUAUUUUGAUGGAGCUGGUUCGGCCUCUGUCCUUGCCGCCACUUGUCAGACGGACGACACAUGUUCUGCAGCAAUCGACUCCCACGUGCGCCGCGCGUCCUCUCGUGACACUUCGGCCAUUGCCACUCCUGCCCUCGUCAGACCUCGAUCAGCCACACAUUUAGCAGCAGAAGAAUUUCAGCCUUCCAGAUCUGCACGCCGUCUGAAAGACGACGCUGCGGGUAACGGUAAUAAAUCAAGGAAGCAGACUUCUCUCACAGCUGGGAGAGCUAAAGAGGAAAAUUUCCAGCAAGGAGCGAAGAAAGAAGAAAGCACAGAACGACUGACAGAUGAAGUGAAAGGGAAGAACAGCAGCAGCAGCAGCGACAGUAUUCGCCUGCAAGAACACCAGCAGCAGCGCCAACAAGUGCACGUCAUUGCCAAGCUCGGUAUACGCGGGCGAAGGAGUGGUGGUGUCGGCGGCGGCAGUAAUGGAGGAGAGAGUUUUAGUAGGGGUGGGGGUAAGAGCCACGGGAAAGGUAAAAGUUUUUCACCUGAGUUGAGUCAACCCAAAACAUCACGCGAUGCGCCAAGUUACGCAGGCAGCGUUUCAGAGACUCUUGAAGGGAGUGGAGCAGCCAAUCGUAAGUCGGGCUCGUCUUCAUCGAGGACAAAAAGUUUGAAGACAGCUGCUGAACGCAUUUCAGAAUGUUCUGAAAAGGGCCCAACAUUUUCACCGCCAGCAACUUCCUCUCCUGCCAAGAGAGAGAGUCGGUGGAACAGGAAGGAGGUUGUUGGAGUGAAGGAGAAAAAAGAGGGCAGAAUCAUUGCAGGGGGGAAGACAGGCAAAGGAAAACCUGUGGCAAAGACAGAGACGAGUACGAAAGAAUUAUUCGAGAGGCGCGUUAAAGCACUCGAGGAAGACAGGAGCGAAGAUAAAGAAUGUCGACAGCGCUCGGACAGUGGAGAUAACCACAGCGAGAAGACGCCUCGGUGGUGCAGUGAAUGUGUUAAAGAGACUGGCGGACAGAAAGUUAACGAACUACCCGAGCAACACAGUGGAGAGAACAUUUCACCUGUAAAUGAAGAUGUGCCGGGUACACCCGUUUCAGCAGCUGAUGCUCAGGACGAGAGAGUGAAGGACAGAAGUCAAAUAUCACAGUAUUCGACUGUUGAUGCAGGAAAAGGUGAUGGUUACGACAUCGAGCAAGCUGCUUAUGCCACAGCUUUAUCUGCCCCCUGCUCUCUUCUCUCCUGCGUAACGACCAAGCCUGCCCUUGCAUUUGAUGGAUGUCUAACCUUGCCCACCUCGCCAAGUCGGGAAUCGGCUCUAACCGUUGCAGAUAAGAGUGUAGCGGUUGCGCACACUUUAGUUGUCGAGGGUUUUUGUGAGAACUCCGAUAACGCCGAUGUUGAAAACGGCAACGACAGUGACCUGAAAGAUAAGUUCAAUGAUGUGCGACCAAACCUCGGUCACAGUUGCAGUGAUGGAAGCUUGGACAGGCGAGAGCACCCUGCAGGGCUUCGGCAGUUGAGUUGUCGGCCCUGCAUGUCAAGCACCGCCUCCGAUUCUGUGUUGUUACUGGAGGGGAUUGAACCAGGUAGCAUCAGCCAUGGUUUCUCUUUAAACGCAGCAGAUACAGUUGAGAGCGAUGGAGUUACCGUUACUGUGAUUAAAGGAGAAAAUAUAAACAACGAAUCAACACCGAGGGUGAAUUCUGCUUCUGUUACCUCUACUCGGCAAACGAGUAAUCAAGAACGAACGAAAGACAGAAAAGUAUUUUCCUACCCUUCCACAAAAUCGUCUGACAGGACUCUCAAAGAUCAGACAAAACGAAAAGGUACGACUCACGUGAUCAAAAAUGCUAGCGGCUCUGUUCUGACGCACGAUAACAGGUGCCGAACUAUUUCUGGAUCAUCUGUAAACCCAGACACACUGACAAAAGAGCGAAGCAGUGGUGGUAGCCCCGCCAAAAAGAAGAGGCUAGUGGAAGAGAAGGUCAAAACGGCUCAACUUUCUUCGUUCACGCCGACUAUUUUUAACGUGCACCGAGAAGACAGUGCAAAUGGAAAGCACAGCAACGAAAGACGAUUUGACGAGGCUAACGAGGGCACUGCGCUUAGCGAAGCCUCAAGUGUGACGGUAGCCCAGUAUUCAUCCGUGCAAAUGAGUGACAACCGACACGCCUACGUAGGAAGCAAGACGGACGGAGUUGUGGCCAACCUGCCUCUAAAUUUUACUGAAGCUCCCGUCACGGAUAAUAUUUUUAUUAGCAGCCUGAGCGCGGAUUCAUCACAAGCCAGCCGUGCCGGCACUGUCAGUCACACAUGGAAUCCUCGAAAGACGAAUGUUUUUCCAGGUACACGUUUAAUGUUGGCCAACACGCUUUUCAUAGACGGUGACUCAGAGCCAGCCUGUACAAUAAGAGCUUGUGAAUCAGACAGUGUUAUAAAGGAAGCUAGUCUAAAAUCGAAGCGAGUGUCCCGUACAAGUGAUUCGAAGCGUGUCUCAAAAGCAGUCGAGACCUCACCUCCUGAUGGUCCGAGCAGCAAACAAGGCUUUCCUCACGCUGAAGAGCUAGUAGACGCUGGGUCAAAGGUCAACAAAGGGAGUGGCUACAGUGGACGGCGUAGUGCCUCUCCAAAGCUGAAACAUUCCAAGGAAAACGAAAACAGAAAGCAGAAAAGCGCGUCGCCACAGCGGAAUUUUCCAGCUCAUCACCAGGCUACCGGGGUUGGACAGGAGUGUCCAGAAACAGAGGUCAAAGUUGAUGAGAAUCAGUCUUUGCUGAAGAAAAAGCCAGAAUGCGACCAGAACACGACAGAGACAGUACAGCGAGGGAAGAAUGACCCUGUUCUGUCUUCGAACAAGCGCAAGAAAUCUGCGGAACAGAAAGAGUUUGUUGCCGAGGUCUUAAAGACCGACUCGACCACACAGAAGGAUGCGAGCCGAGCCGGCGACGUGGAGGUGAAAGCAACAGUCGCCCAAGUUUAUGAUGUCAGCAGCAAGAAAAAGACUGACUCAGCUCCUAAAAAGCAAGUGUCCAGACUGCCUAAGAGAUCCACAGAGACACUGCCUGACAACAAAACCGCUGACACCGUGACAUCUCGAUCUGUUCUUACUGACAAACAGACGCGAAAGACUCAUCAUGUGACAGGUAUGACCUCGGCACGUGCUUCAAUGUCGAAAGUGUCAUCAUCUGACGCAAAAAUAACCAGAAGUGUUUCAGACAUAGGCACGACUUCAUUGCCAGACCCUCGACCAGAAAUAUCCGAGACGUCACAAUGUGUCGAAAGUCUUGCUACGUCACCUGACAAAACGGCUCAGGAACACUCACGCGAGAUGACGAACGCUGAACACCUUGAGUCAGUGGCAUUACGAGUAGAAAAAAGCGGAACUGAUUAUUUGAUGUGUAAGUAUCUGGCUAGUAAUACCGAGGACACCAGACCAUCUGACGACGACAAUGAAGAGGUCAAAGGUUCAUCCCAAUCGCAGACCAACAGCGCGGAAGCAAACCGCAGCGACAAGAAAGAUAAUUCAAGCAAACUUCGUGCCCGAGCUUCUCAAGGAGCAGUUACUGUAGUAACCCGCACCACGCGCCAUUCCGACAAAUCGCAGAGCGCAGGAGCGACAAAGAAAGUUUCUGCCGCUGGCGUGAGGGCUAAUAAUGAUACACGGCGGCAGCUGCAAAGAAAAACGGCGGUGCCGCCAGAGCAUGGAGCUGUCGUCCGUGAUGGCUCAGUGGAUAGUCGUUACAACGACGAUGACUCCAUGUCUGUCAUCUCAAACGUAAGUUCCAGAUCCUCUCGUUCUGUCGCCUCUAACCUCAGCGCCGCACCCUCUAAGCACCGAGGAAGCUUUCAGCAGCAGCAGCAGCAUACAAGCUCGAAGCAAGUGAAGACUCGAGCACAGCUCGAGCAUGAUAAACGAACAGCUGCCGUGCAGAAGAUGGAAGGGAGGAAAGCUGCAGAGAGCAAAAAGUCAACGGAGUGUAGUGUGGCUGCCGUGCCGGUGGAGAGAGGCGGUGCCAAACCUACAUCACUUCAGGUUGCAGUGAAAACCAAAACGCAAACUACACGAACCGAGCCGCGGGUGGGAGCGAGGGCUGACAAGGCAUCUACUAUUGGUGAAGAGAGGGUUAAGGAAGCGCUAAGGUCAGGUGAGGUCACGAGUACAGCUACCGAGACUGAUGAUAAACAGUCGCAGGGACCAUCUCAGAAUGCUGAAUCGAAGCAGAAGGGGCCAGCUAUCAAAACUGACUCGCUGCGAGGCAAGGGGCCGUCUCAAAAGCUGACCUCUGCGCUUGGACAACAAAAGACCGUGCCUGCGAAAGAAGGAAAAACGAAGCAAGGGUCGUCUGGACAUUCGGAAGACAAAGGGAGGCGCGUUUCAGGGUUGUCGGUUCCCGCUUCGCAUCCCCAUCGCCCGGACUGCAGGCGGAUGAAAUUCGACACGCACGCGAGGAAGGUGCAACAAACACGCGCUUCAGGAGCGCCGAUACACGCAGCAAGUAAACAAAGACCCGCCAUCUCCAGUUCGCCUUUGACCUCUGCUGAUUGCGCGGGCGAGAAAGCACCGAGAAGAACUAAUGAUGGAAGGAAAACGCUAUCGAGCAGUGAUUAUACGGCUAACCCUGAUUUAGCCCGAGCUCAGUCGCAGAUAGCACGGAGUGAAGUAGCGGCUGAGAAGGAAGAGCUACACGAAGAUGGAGAGAGAUACGAGAGAGAAAAAGCGGAGGAAUUUGAUCCCUCCACUGGUACCCAAGUGAGCAGCGAGUUUGUCGACAUUGCUCGCGCGAGAAAAUGUGGAGGUAACUUUGAGGAAUCUGAUAUUAUCGGGAAACCGGCGGCCACUUCUGCGGUGAGGGAGAGUUAUGACGUGGAAACCAGUCACGAAGAUUUUGAACAAAGGAAAACAGAGCCAGAGGCCGCUGUUGGCCCCGCGUCUGCUGAUGUCAUCAAGGAGAGUAAAGUCAGCCGACCCCCAGAUACAGAGCCCCUACAUACGAAGAUGGGAACUUAUCUCGGUUUAGCAUCAGAACAUUCACAUAGGAGCUUUGAGAGUUUUGAGCGGAGCACAAUGCAGAAAGUGUGCUCGGAAAGGCUCGACUUGGAUAGCGCCAUUGUACAGCCAGUGAAGUCUGGUGCUGAUGUUGUCAUUAGGAUGAAAGAAGGAACUGGCUUAGAAGCAAAACAAGCCCCGCCUAUUUCAUAUCGGAUGUCUGCUACAUCCACCCUUACCUUAUGCGCAAGUUCAGAUUCCAGUGCGCAAACAAUUCAAAAUGAGGGAAGUGAAAUUUCCGAUUCUGAAUCCGAAGGAAGCAACGAAUACAUAACAGGAGACGAAGGUGAUGAGCAUGCAGAGGAAAAUGAGUCAGAAAAGGACGAUGACAAGGAGCGAGCGGAAGGCGGUGAUAAGCUGAAGUCUCGAGAGGCUGGCUGGUUGGAAGUAGGCUACGAUAAGGUUCUGUAUGAAGCCGAUGCCACUGACGGAAAGUUUGAUAACGAGGUUUUACUAGAGGCUGGAAGCAAUGACGUUUACGCACCCACCGCUGGGCUGGGCCAGAGUGUUCUCAAAUCUGUUAGUGGCGGAAUGGAAUCUAGCUGCGAUGAGAGCCGACAUCAACGGACUUGCACCGCAAACAUUGCGGCAGUUGAACAUCCGAAUGGACAGAUAUCCGCCCGUGUGGACGGAACAGGAUUCCAGAGCAGUGAAAUAAGUACUGUACCACGUGACACGCAUACGUCUUUCAAUGCAUCGUACUACGGUGAUAAACCCUCGCGACCUCCUCCACACAAAAAUUUGAACGCUCUUAGCGCUCUUGCAAACUUUGCUGACGAUAGCGCUCUCGAGCUUAGUGCGAUUUAUUGUGACGUCAGCGGUGAGCAGGAGGAGAGAGGCGGAGAAAGAGGGAGGGACGGAGCUGAUCGCGGCACGUUGCUGCGUGAUGUUGUUGAUGCAACUGCCCCGCUAGACAUACGAGUGCUCACACCCGAGAGUGAGGUGAAAGUGAAAGACGCAUCCCACGAACUUGUCUAUUACGCUGACGAACUUCGUCAUGGCAACGAGAGGGGAGACGAAGGGGUCGAGAGGAGCGGUGAGGCGGCGAGUGUAGCGAGGAAGGAAGAGGAGGAACAGGACAACAUGCGUAUUGCAUUUAGUACCUCGGCAGCUGGGGAGGGCUUGUCGCCGCAGCACGCUGCCAGUGAUUCAUCCUCAUCGUCCCGCUCCUCAUCGCCGUUCACACAUUGCCGUUACGCCAUGCAAGCAGAGGCGAGCACGAACAACGGGCAGGCCUCCACACCGGUGCAGCCCCAUGUCGACUGUGAAUCCGUUGUUGUCUUGUCCGCGCCAGCAUCCAAAACUGCCAAGACACUCACUUUGUCAUUCUCGUCCCAAUGCUUCCAAGCCCGCUGUGUCCUCGUCGCCCGGUCUCGUUCCUUUGAAACUAAGGUCUCCCUCCGACCGAACUGCAUCAAUGACUUCUCCCUUAUCGUCUCAGCAAGGGGUGACCAUCCGUGCCAGAUCACAUCGCAGCGACAACGUGUCAUCUCACCGGUAUCAACGUCAUCUCUGUCUCCACCUUCCUCGUCAUCGUCUCUCCAGAUACAUUCGCGCCCUCUAGCGUCAAAAGCCAGGUCACCAGCCAGGCCACACCUACCUUUCCUGCUCCAGGCGCCAGCUGGUGCAUCUACAUCUACCUGCGUGGGGAGGGGGCCCCGGCUGGAGGAGGGAAGGCGAGAGGGCCUGGCUAGCGUGCUGCCAGCCGACACCGAGCUUCCGAGCGAGGAACCGUGGACCAACUUCCCAGCAGGCAAUGCGGCGGCCACGGGCUCUGCUUGUCUUUCAGAACAGCAUGACGCAGGAGAGGAACCGGCGCCAACAGACAGUGAUAGCAGUCUUGCCGACAUUGCCGAUAUUUCUGCCGUGUCAGAGGUGCUCGUGCCUCCCUCCCUUCGUGGCUCCUUGUCGGAUGGCGACCUGACAACAUUGAACCAGGAAGACAUUGUUGGUGUAGAUGUUCUGUCAGAAGCUGUUGUUUCCUCUCAUUUUUCUGUUGGCUCGACAACACCAGAUCGUGAUACAGCAGCCAGAACCGAGGAUCUUGGAGUAACAUUGUCGAGUGCAAGAACCAGUAAAAACUCUUCGGUCAUCGCAAAUGUUUCUGCAGUUCAAAUGAGUGCAAAUUUAAAAGAUGCCAGUCGUCGAGAUGCGGUUUUGGUCAGCGAGGUUCCGGGGGCAUCUUCGCCAGGUAGCUGUCUUUCUCCCACCGACAGCUGCAGUGACUCGGGUGGGCUUUCGUUCCGCUCGAUGAUAGAACUGUGCGACACCCAGGCUCUGGAAUUUACUCCUUGUGUCUACCACGGCGUGGACAGCAUGUCCACCUCUGGUAGCAGCACCGAGAUGAUCUUCUCCACCUCCUCCUCCAGGUGUGUGGACAGAGCUUACGACGAAGAUAAUUCAUGGCAGACGAGUAGCAUACCUGCUUCAGUCGGAAUGAGUGUUGUCCCCUUGACACUGUCCACGUCCACGCUCAGCCACCCAAUCACCAACACCAUGACCAGCGUGGUCCACGUGGCGGUCAGCAGGUCAGAAAGUAUUCUUCACGGAGGACAUACCUCCAGCAUCAUUUACUCCGGCAGCAGCAGUGAUCAUAUGCGUGUCGGACAGGAAGGGAGGAGGUCAAAGGUCAAUAUUCCUCCAAAACAAAAGUCAGGAAUGAUGGCCGUCAAGCACAUAUCUUCGUGCGUGCAGGACAUUGAGAAGAUUUGUCACGACGACCAGUAUGUGAAAGUGACUAAGAAGCCGCACCAGCCGGUCACGCUGACCAGUGUGAAAGAUUCGGUGAUGAAGUUUGAAACCUCGAGCAAAAGCAAGGGCACGGUCUCGGCAAGGCCGGGCAAAGCCUACGUCACCACCAACCGCCGGAGUGUCUCUCCUUUGCCCAAAGUCUUACCGGACCCACCAGCUGCUGCGACUUCUACGGGUGUAGGCCAGACCGGGUCGUUGCUGUCUACUGGCUGCAAGUCAGAGCGCAUGACCAGUAACCAUCUGACGACUUCCGGAUCAACUUUUGAGAUUCACAUCGAAGCUGUUGUUUCCUCAGAGGAUGGUGCUCAACCAGAAAGCAGAGCUGCAAGUGGUGAUGUCACGAUGUGUUCAAGUGGAUCUGUUACGGUCACGUGGCCUACGUGCUCGGUAGAAACAGAGUUGACCUCUCAUGAAACAGAAAGAGUUCAAAAUAGUCCUAGACCAGGCGAUGGUAGUUCGGUGUAUGCUCCUCCACAGCAAAAGUCGGAUGCAGACGAUUUUCACAGCCUGAGCGGCGAGAUACCAUCAGAACAAACUCGUGUUGCAAUAAACAGAACUUGCGACCCUCCCCCACCCGUUCUCACCGAGGCCCCGUCCGCACCCACCGAAUACAUGCCUCGGAUGGCAGCAGCAACAGGAACAAACACACCCUCUGAAGCAGCCCCUCUGCGUGGUGCCGAGGAAUGCACAGCGAGUACAGAAGAACCACCAAGUGACAGUGUUGUGAGUUUGCAGGAUCUCGACGGUUUAUCAGCCGUCACCAACUGCCUGAUGUCUGCUGGUGGCGUUUGGGUUCUCACGCCUGUUGGGAGUGCUGCCAGGCUUGAUGGGAACACUGGAUAUGAACCGUGCAGCACUUGUGCUUCCGCUGAAAAUUACUCCACGCUUACUCAGCAAUUAGUCAGUGAAAGCAACGACGAGGCUGAAAGCUUUGGUCAGGGGUGGCCUUCUCCAAAAAUACUUCCUCAACAUCUACACAAAGAAGAAACCAUUGCCGAGCCUCCGACAUUAUUAUUAACUGGACGGCCGCCACUAUGUCAGCUGGUGCAACUUUCUCCCAACGAACUGCAGCAAGGUGCACUCCCUCAACAGACCUUGCCACAGCUGUUUUCCAGCGAACUCGAUGUGAAACCUUGUCUAACCCCCAAAACAGACACAGAUGGCGCUGUUGAUGCUGAAUGUGUUUUGGAGAGGUCUACAUCGCCUUGCAUUGCGUCUUCUGUCGAUGAUGUUCAUUUGACAGAAAGAGUUUUCAUAGACACAGACUCAACUGAUUCAGAGAAGUUGGGUGCAAAUGUUAGCUUUCCAGCAAAAUCAGAGCAUAUAUCUGAACCUACGCACCAGAUAUCCGAGUGGCAAAGUCCAAGUGAAAGUCAUUUUAAUGUGAAAAACGUUAUACUGGUCUCAUCUGGUUUUUCAGAUGUUCAUGCUUUUACCAACACACCUCAGUAUGAGAUCUCACCUGACAUGAAAACUGUUAAGAGUGCUGUAGUAAAUGCAUCCCUUGCAGUAAGCUCGAGUAUCAAGCCAUCUGCCCUCUCAUCCCAAUCUUGUGACCUGAGCAAAAACAGGAAACGAGCGCCUGGCGAGGUAGAUAAUGCCAGCCUCACUUCUCUGGUGAAAGACGACAGAAGAGAUAAAUCACGUGGUACGAUUUCGGAAUCUUAUUCAAAACAGACAUCAGUCGUGUCUCGAUGGGCGCCAAAAGCCACCCAGGCCAGAGAAACUGAGAAUCUCGAGGACCAGGAGAAAGAUUAUUGCGCUGAAGAAAGUGUUGAGAGACUGAGUGCUGCCGAGUCUGACAUAACGACAACCACUGAACCUGUGUACAUGCAUCACAGUGGCACGGAUCACUGGCAUUUAGAAAUGUGUCCAUCUUCUAUCGGACAAGAUGGAGAAAAACAAUUUCAUGAUAGUGAAUUUCAUGUUGUGGCGCCGUCGUUGGUUAAGCGAUGGCAGAAAGAACAAAACGCCGAGAAGAAGGAAGAACUGAAGUUCAGGCUAUUGGAGUUUAUAUCUGUACCUGAGAUGAUGACAUCAGAGUCAACAGUUGUUUGUACUGAAAAUUCGCAUAUUAACAGAAGCAGCAGCGACUUACUCAACCCAGAAUUAUUAACCGUCAACACCAACAUCGCUUUCAGAGAUGGCAAACGAGUGGAACCGACAACUGUGGCAUCAGACGAUCAACUUGGAGACCAAUAA